AUGAAGACAUUCACUGUCGAGGAGGUCGCACAGCAUAACAAGGCCGAUGAUAUCUGGAUCAUUGUUGACGGCAAGGUGUUUGACGUUACCAAGUUCUUGAGUGAACAUCCCGGAGGCAAGAAGGUGCUUGUCAAGAUGGCCGGCAAGGACGCCACCAAAAAGUUUAAGCAAUUCCACAACGAUGCCAUUAUGCAACGUGUUGGUUUGCCCAUGCAAAUCGGUGUCAUUGGUGCUGAAAAGAAAGAAGAAGCACCCAAGCCUGUUGCUGCUGCUGCUGCUGCUGCCGCCGCUCCCCUUACUCCUGGCAAGCUUGUCUCGGCUGACGAGGCUCGUUUUGGCGAUGGUUUCCCUUAUGGCGAUCCCAACUGGUAUCAGGACUGGAACAGCCCUUACUAUAAUGAAUCGCAUAUGCGCCUCAGAAAGGUCAUUCGUGAAUUUGCAGAAAAGGAACUCAUGCCCUACUGCCACGAAUGGAGCGAAGCCAAGGCCAUUCCUCGCGAAGUCGUGAAGAAGGUUGCCCAAGCUGGCUUUUUGAACGCCGCCUCCGGUGCUGGCACCAACCCUUCGGUUGCUUCGCUUUUGCCUUAUCCUCUUCCUGCUGGUAUUAAGCACGAAGAAUUCGAUAUCUUCCAUGAGUUCAUCUGUGUCGACGAACUUGCCCGUUGCGGCUCGGGUGGUCUUCUGUGGGCUUUGCAAGGUGGUUUGUCCAUUGCUCUUCCUCCCGUCAUGAACUUUGCCCCCGAGCCUAUCAAGAAGAAGGUCGUCCCUGAGUGUUUGGCCGGUGAAAAGUUUAUUGCCUUGGCGAUUACCGAGCCUUCUGCUGGCUCAGACGUCGCUGGUUUGAAGACCUCCGCCGAGGACAAGGGCGAUCAUUUCUUAUUGAAUGGUGAAAAGAAAUGGAUCACUCAGGGUGCCUAUGCUGAUUACUAUGUCGUUGCCGCACGCACUGGUGGUGCUGGUAUGGGAGGUGUUUCCUUGUUGUUGGUUGAACGUGCUUGGGAAGGUGUUGAGGCCCGCUACAUGGAUGUCAUGGGUAUGUGGGGCUCUGGCACCUCCUACAUUACUUUUGACGAUGUCAAGGUCCCCAAGACCCACUUGAUUGGUAAACUCAACGAAGGCUUCAAGUACAUCAUGCACAACUUCAACCACGAACGUCUUGGCAUUGUCAUGCAAGCCAACCGUCUUGCCCGUGUUUGUAUCGAAGAAGCUUUCACUUACUCUAUGAAGCGCAAGACCUUCGGUGUCCGCCUCAUCGAUCAUCCUGUCAUCCGUAACAAGCUCGGUCACAUGAUCCGCCAAUGCGAAGCUACUCACGCAUGGCUCGAAAACAUCAUGUACCAAAUCAAGACUUUGCCUGAGGCUAGUCAGCCAGCCCGUCUUGGUGGCCCUGUUGCUUUGCUCAAGGCCCAGAGCACACAGACAUUCGAGUUCUGUGCUCGUGAGGCUGCUCAGAUCUUUGGUGGUUUGGCUUAUACCCGCGGUGGUCAGGGUGAGAAGGUCGAGCGUCUGUACCGUGAAGUCCGUGCUUACGCCAUUCCCGGUGGCUCUGAAGAAAUUAUGUUAGAUCUUGGUAUCCGACAGGCAACAAAGAACUUUGAAAAGAGGUCCAAGAUCUAA